UCCGCGGGCACUUGUCCGCAGCGGGAUCCUGGGAGAGGGAAAGGGGCGCGGCGGGGCCCCCGGAGCCGCAGAUCCCCCGUCGGCGUGGAGGCUGCAGCGGGACCCCAGGUUUAUAAUGGAACUGACAUCUUUGCCUAAAUUCCUGUGGACAAGUGACAACAAGCUUCUGCACCACCAUUUUCCAGACAUACUGGCUACUGUUCAUACCACACAAGACAUCCCUGAAGAAGUUGUUUUUGGACCAUGCAUGCUCCAAAACACCCUGCUGGACACUGUAGCUUUCAUUGCUCUCAAGUGUUCCGAUAGACGGAACAUCCACUAUGUAUUUAAGGUGGAUGUUACAUCUGUGAACAGUCCCACAGGACUGCCUUGGAUGAGACUCGUGCAAGCAGCUGCCAAUAGCAAGGAGCAGAACUUGGAAGCCUACUUAGAAAACAGUCAGUUAUACUAUCGCUCCACCAGGAAAAUCAGUAAAAAUGAGGAACUGCUUGUCUGGUAUGAUGAGGAGCUUUCCAGCCUCUUGGGUUUCAAUGAGAUAAAAGCUCAGAGUCCCCAGAAUGCAGAGUUGAGAUGCCAAGAAUGCGAGCGAGUCUUUAAAUGUGAGCAUUCCUAUCUGUCCCAUGUCCGCUUCCUCUGUGUCCCAGAGAAGUGUGCUCUGCUAUGGAGAAACUUCCAGAACCCUAAAACUGAAAAGAGCAACCUAGCUGAGCAGACCACAAAUUUCCACAGUCUGGCAAGGGACCUGGAAGUCAAAAUGGCAGCUUGUAAAGAUGAUGCAUAUGGUCUUAUUGGAGAACGGACAGCAAAAUCUGAAGAGACCGAAAACAACAGGAGCAGGAAAACAGUGCUGUUGGAGAAAACCAAUAAUUUGACUGAGGAACGUAACUCAGAGGGCAAGGAGGAGGCUGGGGGGGAGCAUGCAUUGGCUGGUUCUUUCUGGAAGCUUAGUUCAGGGAGGCACUCAGUUAGAAAGGAUGCUUUAGAGCAGAAGCAGAGUGCUUUCACUGAGGUCAAAAGGAUGAAAGAGAAGUUGAGGAAUGAGAGAGUGCAGGAGCCAGAGCAGGAGGAUGGCACAGUCCCUCUUGGUAAAGAGCAGGUGUCAAAGGAAGUGUUACUGAACUCCUCUGGUAGUGCAUUCUCCUUUGUUUGGCCCACCAGAGUUCGAGGAGAACAGAAGAGUGCUUUCAGCAAACCUACUAAGUGUGUAACAGAAAGAGCUGCCGUAAAUUCUUCUCAUCCCAUGAGUGAGUCAACAAAGAGCCUGGGGGAGCUGUCUGGCUUCAUUGCCACCGCAGACAUCAUGUGCUGCAGCACUCUUCUCAAUUCCAAGUUCUUUGUCAGUGAUUUGUGCAAUGCUCAGAUGCUGCAGACAAGCAUCACUCAGAGCAAUGUUUUCCCAUAUACCUCAGAACCGUGGCCCAAGCAAACAGGAGGACAGUUACAAAACACCAACGCCACCACUUCCUCCUCCUCCUCCUCCUUGACUCUUCUUCCCCCCACCUUCACAUCCUUCGGAGUGGCUGCCCAGAACUGGUGUGCCAAAUGCAACCUGUCCUUUCGCAUGACAUCUGAUUUAGUCUUCCACAUGCGGUCACAUCACAAAAAAGAAUAUUCCUCAAGUGAAUCCCAGUGCAAGAGGAGACGAGAGGAGAAGCUGACAUGUCCCAUUUGCCAUGAGUACUUCCGAGAACGCCAUCAUUUAUCCCGGCACAUGACUUCUCAUAAUUAGAGCUGUGCAGACAGAUGUCACCAAGGGACCAGGCAGGUUGGAGGCAGAAGGGAAUGAUAGUUCGCUUAAAUCCAUUUCUUUUUGAGUUUACAUUAAUUUCUUUCAGGAAAUCACUGUUUACAAUAAUUUAUAAUAGAUGCUUUGCGAAAAAAUAUGAAAUGUUUACAAGAGUCUGAGUGGGUUUUAAGUUUUGAAAACUCAACCUAGCCCUUGUCAACCUAUUUUUGUGGAAAUAAACUAGUAAAAUGAAUCCACAUGCAAUGUUAAUUUGCAGAGUAGGGAACAAAAUUAUAGAUUUGCAAACAGACUUGUCUUUGCUUAUAUUUGAUUUGCUGGUGUCUAUGCAGUACAAUGUAAAUACAGAAAUAACAACCACCUCAUAGAAUGAGGCACCUUUAAGCAUUAGAAAAAUCAGAGCUAAUAUCUUAAAAAAAAGUUACUAUUUCUAGCAGCAUUGGUGGACUCUUACUCCUUUAUGUUAGCUGAAUCAACUCUAUUACCAAAUGUCUGAGUUAAAAACCGACAUCUUACCAUCUCCUUGGCUUUGAAAAGGACCUGAAUUUAAGCCUCAAAUCUACGAUUGUCAACAACUGACUGGCAGACUGCCAAAGAGGAUGGAACUCGUAAAGCAGAACAUCCAAGUUCUGUUCUAGGCUCUGCUGCUUUUGAAAUAUCUUUUACACAGUGAAAUCAAUGUGAGUCUGUAUCAAAAUGUGAGCUAUUGUCAACCUUAUUGUGUAGACAGGAAGCAAAUGUUCGAAGAUCUGUGUGAGUUUAGUAGGCAUACAGAUCUGAUGGGAGUAGAGUUUAGCCUGUGGUUUUCAGGUUUUGGAUAUACCAAAGGAAGCAGUUAGGGUAUCAGAGUUACUAUUAGCUACUGACAGAAUCUGCACACUUUAAUUGUGGAUGAAAGGCUCUGUUCUGAUAACUGCUAGAGGAGAAACACACAGUGAUACAGGUGAUCAUGAAUUGCACUGUAUUAUACCAACUUGUCUAUCCUCUGGUUUCUACAUGGGCCAAUUCCAAAUAUUUUAAAAAGGAAGUGGCAUAUUCUUGUUCUGCCUGUCCAUGAGACAUUUUUCUCUUGCCUACUUUGUUUUGAGCUUUGCUGAGUCUCAGCAGCAGAUAAAUUUAUACUGCUCACUGUGGGAGGAAACACUGUCUAUUGUUACUGCAGCCCAUCUAAUUAGCCUGUCAUUACUUUUAAAAUCCAUUUAGGGGCUAGAUUUUGAUGGUUUAUGACACUGUGUUCUUCAAGCAAUCAUUUCUCCUGUUCUUGUAUAGUAUUUUUUCAGGUUGUCUGAUGUUUUUCUGGCCUGUCUCUGAACCUCAUCUGCCUCAUCAAGGGCUAUUAUUCCCUUUCAGACUGAGAAUGACCAGAAACCUCUUGUUUCCCAGCUGAGGAUAAAGGGCAUUUCAAUAUGCUUUAUAUGUUCCACCAUAUUGAUUAUAGACUCUAGUGGCUUUUGUAUACUGGACAGAAUUUUGAGUUAUCAUGAUAAUACCUAGUCUGAUAAUGCAAGUAUCAGCAAGUAAACACAUCUGAAUGAUAAAAGAAGGCUACCAGUCUUAGGCUGUCAGCUGGAACCAACAUAACACACUGUCACCUCCUGGGAAAUUUCUGUAAAUCAGGAGAUUGUAUUCUUCCCAAUAUAUUGCUAUUGAACAUUAAUACGUGGCUGUUCCCUAUUAAUAGAAACAUUUUUCUUAUUGCAGGCCAACCCCUGGCUGUGCAUCUCAGCUUUAUUUUUGAAACUGAAAGUGAUAAAACUUGUUACAUUAUGCCUUUGAGUUCAGGGGACAGUUCUGGUUGGAUUAUAACACAGCUUUUCAAGGUCAGUGGUGGAAGCUCUUCCACUUGAAUCAUUAAAAACCAAAAUGAACCAAGACUUUGAAACAUGGAGCACAGAGAGACACAUUGCAUUGGGUAGGGAAUGGUGUGGUUUCCUUGUAAUCUUUCCAUCUCUAUUUUGUGUCCAAUAACAUUUACUGUGUAAGGAAUAUAUUUAUGGUAAAGUUUAAUGGGCCAAAUUUCACUCCACCUGGGUGCCAGCCAGUUUACUGUGAAGUCAGUGUCCGUAAAGUGUAAUGAAGGACUCUGUGGUGUAACUGCAUUCAUAUGUGGUCAGGGUUAUAUUUCCCAUUAGUACUUUAGGCCAGAUUGUGAUCUCAUUUAUUCCAGUGCAAAUCCAGAAUAAUUCCAUGUUGCUACUCCUGAUUUAUAUUAAUUGCUUUAAGAUCAGCCUGGCCCAGUAUAAAUAAGACUAAAGAUUUUUUGGUACCAUUACUGCAAAAUGUUCUCUUCUGUACUUACUGAAAGAUGCCAUGUUUUCUUAACAGUUUUAUGAUUAGAAACCUAGCUUCAGAUUUCUUCUGGAAAAAGACAGGACUAGCUGUAUAAUGCUCCUCAGUAUUAUUUUGGCACAUCACUUCAACAUUACCCUGCUCCAAAUGCCUGUUUUUCCAGUGCACUACACCUGGUGUAUAAUUUAGAUUGGAAUGAAGGAGUACCAAAUCUUACUGGUUACAUGGUUUCACUGAUUUUGGGUUGGACAAAGUGUAGAAAAUCAACUACUGAAACACAGAUACCAAGUCUCAAAACUCUUCACAUGGUGUGUUAGACCUACAGCCUGAAAGUUCUCACCAGUAAUCAAACUUCUUCACUUUGCUUAUGGUAUGAGGCCUAAGCAGGCAGCAAGGUUACAGGGAGAGAUAGCUUCCCUUUAUGUUAUGGAGUUGUUUUCUUUGGGAAAAAGAAAAGGGAAGAACUCUUACCCAGUUUCCUUGUGGGCAUGUCACAGCCACAGUGAUUUAUAUUAUAUUUAUAUACAUUACUGUGAUACCAAGCAAUGUAGGAAUGACUUCUGUGCACAGAGAGUUAUGAGGAGAAGCAGGUACAAAGAGUGGCAGAACUGAUUCAAAAUACAAAAAUGAGGAGAGGUUUUUAAUAAGUUUUAUUUCUGAUACUUUCCUCAUCUCCACCAGCCUGGGGGCACUGUGGUCCUGAUCUGUAAAACUUGAUGAUUUCCUUCUUGUACACUGCAGGUAGUGUGUGCAAUGCUGUUCUUGUUAUUUUGUAGGUGGCCAUCAACAUAAAGACUGCGCUAAAAAGUUGCUUCUUAUUCUGAGGUAAAGGGGUUUGUGAACUAAGACUUAUUGAGACACAUAGCAAACCAUACAGCCAAACAAUAAGACAUUUUGUUGCCUGUUGCAUCUGUGUUGGUAUCAGUGCAAAACCACCCAGAACAACACUACCAGAAUUUGAUUCCCUAUGUGUAAAACCAGUGCUUGUGUAAAGCUCCUUGUGCAGUCACAGUGAAAGUCUUUUAUGUGUCUCAAUUUUAACUGAGUGUCUCAUCUAAACUGGGUUUCAUAAACCAGGGGGCUUAACCAAAAUUUUUGCAGAUUUGAUUUCUUUAAAUGAAAAUACUCAUAUUAAAGCUGAGUGAACCAAAUACUGAACAGGCAGAAGGAAACCUAACGAGACAAAGAAAAACAAACUUCCUAUAAUUGAGUCAUGCUGGAAGCUUAUUUCCCCUUAUGUCUAGAAGUCUGAAAAUUUAAAUUGGUGCAGAUGAAAUCCUGCUGGAAGGAAAGCAUUUCACUAGAACAGGGGGUUCAUGAAGGACUGCAUUCUGUCCCUGUGAAAUACUGUGAUUUUACAGCUGGGAUCUUUGUCUUUUCUACAAGAAGAAAUGCUAGGGAAGGGGGAAAAGAAACAUAAUUUUGUUUUAAAACAAGAGGAGACAAUUUGCAGUGAGCUGACUGGUUCUUUUCCUGUCUUUGUUAGCAACUAACUGUUUAUUUUGAUCAAACAACUGUUUCUCCUGACGUGUUUCUGGAUCAGUGGAAAAGGACACAACACAGUGCUGUCAAGCUUAGCUGUGCAGGCUGUGUUUCUGCAAAGGAUAAUGAGUUUACCAAUAGGAAAUGCCAGAUUACGAUAUUUGUUCACUCACUGAUCAUUGAUCCCUGAAUUUUUUCUGAUGAAGAUGUGUUUUUCCAUCAAAAUGACACUCAGAUGUGCUUUUGAGAAAUAUAUACUUACUUGUUUUUUUAUGAGGUAAUUUUUCACUAAUCAAGGCAGUUUGUACACUUCCUUGGAUCUACAGGGCACAGUUUGAAAAUCACUGGACUAAGGCAGCACAAAUGAAAUAAAAGCUGGCUGUCAUUUCUUGGUUAGAGUUCUAUGAAUGCUGGAAGGAGAAAGAUGAUACUGCUAGGUAGUCUGAUACAAUAACUCCUUUCUUCCCACCUUUAAAAGGAACAUGAUUAGGAUUAAAAUUCAGGAAGUUAUUCUUGGUGGGACGAUAAGAAAAUGGUGCUAUAAACUGUAAAAUUUCCAUGUCAGCUCUGGAACCAGAUGAGAGAAAGGUGGCAGUUUCAUCAUGUUUCCUGUUGCGUUCUGGAAGGGCACUUCUCAAAUUGCUUGUCCCUCCCUAAAAACUUUUUAACUUUCUCAUUUAAACCACAAACCAUGGAUUUCCAUAACUAAUUUGCAUUUGUUCUUUUGUGAUUUUCAGACCUUUCAAUGCAAUGUAAUUUUCUACACAAUUACUGACUGUAGUUCUGUGAGGUCUAAACUCAUUGAGAUGAGCAUAACUAUGACAUAGCAGUUUGUGAAGACAGGAAAAAUUGCUUUUAACACACUGGCCUUUGUUAAGCCUGACAGUUUCAAUAUGAAUUAGCCAGUACUAUGAAAUAGCAAAUAAUAUUUUCUCAAGUAAUAAAAUUUCUCAAGGUUGCACAAUAGUUUUCCACUGAAAUCGAUCACUUUAGUGAAUUAACAGCAUUAUUGAUUUAAAAUGGACUCACCAGCAAUUGCAUCUUCACUGUUUGCUUUUCCAGUCACUAGACAUAUUUAUUAUACAUAUGUAUUUCCCAUAUUCCUCUGGGAAGAAUUUAUUUGCUAUUUAUGCCCGUAUAGUAUGACUUUUUAUCCUUUAGUGGAUGGCUAAAGUUUCUAAAUAUUGGGCUUAACAAUUAACAUUGUUUGUACAUGACAGCACAACUGAUUGUUUUUAGGAAAACCAAGCAGUUUAUCUGGAUCUUUGAGAUAUUAAAGAGGCUUAAAAGACAUUAGAAGAAAUACAUUAGUGUUGUUUAUUCAUUCACCGACUAC